UCCCCUCCCGUGGGGCCUUCCCCUUCUUUCCCCAAGGCUGCUCUUCCUAUGGCCUCUGACCCCUCCUCCUCAUCCUGCCCCGCGGGGCUCUCCCAAUGCUCAGUGAAUCCCUUCCCCAAAGCUCCAGGGAGAGGGGGCGUGGGAGGAGGGGGAGAAACUUGGAAGUGGAAAGAGGGGUAGGAAGACCAGAAAUAAAGACACCGGGCAGAGGGAGACACACAGACACAACAGAAAGCGGCCAGCGGAGACUGGCGACAGCAGCGAGUGGGAGCUCACUGAGUCAGACAUCCAAAAAGAGAGAGCGGAAAAGAGGGAGAGAGAAGUGAGCGCCCUGGAGGCCACAGGCAGGGGCAGACUGGACCCGGACGAGAGUGAGGAGAGGAGCCAGGCAGCGCUGCCAGCUGGCGGCAUGGAGGGGCGCCUGGCAUGGGCCAUGUAGUGGCAGCAGGUUGCCGAGCUGGGUGGGCAGCUAGACGCGGGUACCUCUGCAGGGGUGAGGGGGCAUGGGAGGGGCAGGCGGUCUGUUGCUGCUGCUGCUGGCCGGGGCCGGGGCGGGGGCAGCCUGGAGACCCCCCAAGGGAAAGUGUCCUCUGAGCUGUUCCUGCUCCAAAGACAGCGCCCUGUGUGAGGGCUCCCCGGACCUCCCCGAGAGCUUCUCCCCGACCCUGCUGUCUCUCUCCCUGGUCAGGACUGGGGUCACCCAGCUGAAGGCCGGCAGCUUCCUGAGGAUGCCGUCUCUGCACCUGCUCCUCUUCACAUCCAACUCCUUCUCUGUGAUUGAGGAUGAUGCCUUUGCUGGCCUGUCCCACCUGCAGUACCUCUUCAUCGAGGACAAUAAGAUCGGCUCCAUCUCCAAGAACGCCCUCAGAGGACUUCGCUCACUCACACACCUGAGCCUGGCCAGCAACCAGCUCGAGUCCCUCCCCAGGUUCCUGUUCCGAGGUCUGGAGACCCUGACUCACGUGGACCUCCGCGGGAACCCGUUCCAGUGCGACUGCCGCGUGCUCUGGCUGCUGCAAUGGAUGCCCACCGUGAACGCCAGCGUGGGGACCGGGGCCUGUGCGGGGCCCCCCGCCCUGAGCCACAUGCAGCUCCGCCACCUGGACCCCAGGACGUUCAAGUGUAGAGCUAUAGAGCUGUCCUGGUUCCAGACCAUCGGGGAGUCGGCGCUGGGCGUGGAGCCGUUCUCCUACCAGGGGGAGCCCCACAUGGUCCUGGCGCAGCCGUUCGCUGGCCGCUGCCUGAUCCUCACCUGGGACUACAGCCUGCAACGCUUCCGGCCUGAGGAAGAGCUGUCCGCGCCCUCCGUGGUGUCCUGCAAGCCGCUGGUGCUGGGCCAGCGCCUCUUCGUGCUGGUGGCCCGCCUCUGGGGAGGCUCGCAGCUGUGGGCCCGGCCCCGGCCUGGCCUGCGCCUGGCGCCCGUGCAGGCCCUGGCCCCCCGGCAGCUGCUGCGGCCCAAUGAUGCCGAGGUCCUGUGGCUGGACCAGCAGCCCUGCUUCGUGGUGGCCGACGCCUCCAAGGCAGGCAGCUCCACCCUGCUGUGCCUCGAGGGGCCGGGCUUUUACCCACGCCAGAGCCUGCAUGCCUGGCACCGGGACACCGACGCCGAGGCCCUGGAGCUGGACGGCCGGCCCCACCUGCUGCUGGCCUCCGCCUCCCAGCGGCCUGUGCUCUUCCACUGGUCCGGGGGCCGCUUCGAGAGACGCACGGACAUCCCCGAAGCCGAGGACGUCUACGCCACACGCCACUUCCAGGCCGGUGGGGACGUGUUCCUGUGCCUCACGCGCUACAUCGGGGACUCCAUGGUCAUGCACUGGGACGGCUCCAUGUUCCGCCUGCUGCAGCAGCUGCCCGCCCGCGGUGCUCACGUCUUCCAGCCGCUGCUCAUUGCCAGGGACCAGCUGGCCAUUUUGGGCAGCGACUUCGCCUUCAGCCGGGUCUUCCGCCUUGAGCCCGACAAGGGGCUCCUGGAGCCACUGCAGGAGCUGGGGCCGCCCGCCCUGGUGGCCCCCCGGGCCUUUGCCCACAUUGCCACCGCUGGUAGACGCUUCCUCUUUGCUGCUUGUUUCAAGGGGCCCACACAGAUCUACCAGCAUCACGAGUUAGACCUCAGUGCCUGAGACGAGGGAACCUGCAUGUGGCUGGGGGGAGGCAGGCUCAGAGGGUCCCCGGCCUCCGGGCGCCCCUCAUACUGGCUCCUGGCCCUCUUGGGGGCGACGGCUGGACCUCGAUUGCAGGUCAAGUUCAAGGCAAGUGCUAGCUGCCCUUCCUGUCUUAAGCAACACCUUUGCAGGUGCCCCCACCAAGGGUGACCUGGGGCUCAGGCUGGGACACGGCACAGAGCCCGAAUACAGAAGUCAGGUGGGGGUACUUUUUGCAGAACCCCGUGAGAUCCGUAAGUGCCCCACUGCCCCCCAGCUCCUGCUCGCGGUGAAAUUACUAGCGUCCUUUCUCCCCGGCACUCAGUCUGGCCAAUCGCGUUCGGUGCCCGCCUCCUGACGUCAUCGGUUGCUAAGCGGUUUCCCUGCUGCGCUGGCAAACUUCUCUGCACUUGUUGCGCGCCAGCCAGCUGCCUUGGCCGAGGCCAAAGCUCGUCCUCUCGCUCGAGCGCAGGGAAUAAGUGGGUGCCCCUUCUCGAGGGUGACUGGGCGAGGACAGAAAGCGUGUGAACUCAAUAAACGCGCCGUUCCCCUGC